AUGUUAAUUGGUUUCAGAAUGUCGAUUUACCGUAAUUCCGUAUGGAUUGCGAAGGGCUUGAUGGAAUAUACUCGUGGAGGAUUUUUAUCAGCUUCUAAAAAUUUUAAAGCCAGUGAUUUAGAAGUAGACUGUUCGUCAAAACAAUUUUUAAUUACUGGCUCUAAUAGUGGUAUUGGGAAACAAACAGCGUUUGAGGUAGCUAAAAGAGGGGGAACAGUUCAUUUAGUUUGCAGAAAUCCUGUCUCAGCUGAAGAAACUAAAAAGGAGAUCAUUGAAGGCACUAACAAUGAGAAUAUUCAUGUACACAUUCUUGAUUUGUCCAGUCCAGCAGCUGUUCACAAGUUUGCAAUAAAGUUUGCACAAGAAAAUAACGAAAGAGGCCUUCAUGCAUUGGUCAAUAAUGCUGGAUGUAUGGUCAAUAAACGUGAACUAACAGAAGAUAACCUCGAAAAAAACUUUGCUACCAAUACUCUUGGGACAUACAUUCUGACUGAAAGCCUAAUGCCGUUAUUACUACAAACUGGAAGUGCUGAGGAAAGAGCACGUGUUGUCACUGUUUCAUCAGGAGGAAUGUUGACUAACAAGCUGGAUCCUUUUGAUUUGAUGGCAGAGAAUUUGAGUCCUUUUGAGGGUACAAUGGCAUAUGCUCAAAAUAAAAGGCAACAAGUUGUUAUGACCGAGGAAUGGGCCAAAAAAUAUGCUGAUGUUCAAUUUACUUCAAUGCAUCCGGGAUGGGCAGAUACUCCAGCAGUCCGGACGUCAAUGCCUGGUUUCUAUGAGAAAAUGAAAGAUAAACUUAGGACAGUUGAACAAGGAGCUGACACAGUGGUAUGGCUAGCUGUUUCCAACAAUACAGCAGCAACUGAUCCAAAGAGCUCUGGUGAAUUCUUUCAGGACAGACAAAUUGUUUGGAAGCAUCUCCCACUAGCAUGGAGCAAAUCUGAGCAAGCUGACGUGGAUUUGUUGAUGGAUAAAUUAAAUGGACUCCAUAACCAAUUUAAAUGAGUUUAUGAAUUCUUUAUAUACUUUAUUUUUAGGACGGCCCUCGUUAAUCCUUAUUUGCGAAUCAGUUUCUGUAGUACUAAAAGAUUGAUGAAGUGUGUAUUGUGUAUGCACGUGAUAAAUUAUUAUAGGGUAUUGAUGUUAGAAACCUUGAAUCUGAAACCUAGGAAUGUGACCCUCUUAAAUUAUCAAAUUAAAUUAUAAGUAUGAUUUGUACAUAAAUGAAUCGAUUUUGUUUACGUUUUAUGUUGCUUGAAUGUAAUUUUGAUAGAUCUUUGA